AUGACUACAGACAAUAUGCCACCAGGAUACUAUGCCUCAUCGACCACAGCCAAACUCGCCCUGCGAGAUGGCACAUCCACAUCACCACCGACACCCGAAGAGACAUCAGGAGUGGUGAUCCUGCUGGCCGUCCUGGGAAGCGCCGUGUUUGCUCUCUUGUUCUUUUGGGCAGUGAAGCGCUGCUACUGGGACGCGUGGUGGUAUUCAGGUACCUACUACCCAAUACCUGCACCUCGGCCUGUGGAAGUAGUGUGGGCGCCGAAUAAUAGCAACGACUAUUGCUCAACUUGUUCAGGCGAAUCCCACAUCACGGUUCCCAGUACGAGCAGUCCAUCUUCAUCUCCGUCGCUUUCUGUCAAGCCUGGCGCCAGCGCGGGUGCGAUUCGUCUGAUCAGCAAGGUUGUCGGCGACGGCUUGGAGGAUGACGAGACGAUUAAACGCAACAUGAUAAUGCCUAAUGAUGCCACGAAUAAUGAACCAAGGGGUGGAAUGUUUUGGAACAAGGGAACCGGAGCAAAAGCAGGUGCAAGAACAUGUGUGGACUUGAAACAGCUGGACUCGGGGCCUUUCUCGAGCACAGUCAUGUCACAAUGUGGCACCGGGACGAGAGGUCUCCAGGAACAGAAGCAGGUCGAGGAUUCUAAAUCGUGUAUCUUGAUGUAG